AUGACUUUUAAUCAUCUUAAUAAUUUUCCAUCAUUCCAAUCGAGUAAAUUGUCGACCACCAAAAAGUCAUCAAAAUCAAUCAGUGGUCGAUCUGGUGGAAGUUUUGAAAAUUGUUAUUAAGGAAUUGUUCAUCAACAUGGUUCUAAUUUAACUCGAUCAGAUGAUCCGUGUGAAAGGUGCUUCUGCUACAAAGGAACAAUUCUCUGUUGGAAUAUCAAUUGUCCACAAUCAUUGGAUCGAAAAGGAUGUAAAGAGAUCAAAGUUAAAGAUCUUUGCUGUCCAAUAUUAGAAUGCCCCUUAGAAGGGAAAGAUGCCGUUUUCAAGGAUAUUACUGGACGUCAACCACGAACUACACCAGACGAAACUUCCGAACCCUCGAUUACACCUAAAGAGAUCACCUGUAAAUAUGGACGAGAAAAAUACAAACCUGGCCAGAGAGUGACCAUUAACCCAUUGAAACCAUGUCAACGGUGUAUGUGUAGUAAUGAAGGUAAAGUUAAAUGUGAACUUGCAUCUACAUGUAAAGAUGAAAGUCUAAUCAAAGAAUUGAAAAAACAAUCAAAUCUAAUUAGCAAAGAUUCUGAUCAUAAAAAGGAAUCAGAAAAUGUUUCAAGUUUCAGCACCCGAACGAUUCCCGAUGCAAUAUUGAAAAGAGUACAAAAUUUACUUCACAAAGUUUCAACUCACAAUUUAACUUCAAUUAAUCCAAACGAUUUAAACUAAAAUCUAAAUCAAUGAUCAUCAAACAAUCACUUUAAUAUAAUUUACCAACAAAUUAAUCACAAACCUCAUUUACUCAAUCAAACUAUCAACACUAUUGUAUAUUUAUAAUCAUUUUAUUGGAAAACUUUUCUUCACAAUCUAAAUUACUGUUACAAUUUUUUGACAUCAACGUUAAUUGUUUGAUAGUAAUAGAUUGACACAAUCAGAUUGAUUGAACUUCAUCUCAUCUAAUUAAUAAUAAAGGUUGAAAAUGACACAAUCCAUUAUAUUGAAAGUUCUAAUUCGGCUAAUUAAAUGUCAACUUUAAAUUGGUGAUCAUUAA